AUGACUCGUUCAUUGCCUGAUUCGAGCUUAGUAACUUUUGAUCCCAAAAUUGAAAGAACUAUUUCACGUAUUAAGCGAGCUCGACAUUGGCUAGCCUCUGAGGAUGGUGAAGUGAUUAACAUCAAUUCACCAGUCUCAUCCGAGAGCAAAUCUGAACCGCCAUUUGAGGAAGAAACAAGCUCCUCUACUACUGAUUCAGUUGAUUCACGUGCAUAUAACAUGGCAGCACCUAGGAGAAUUACUAUCCAGGAAGUUGGAGCCCCAGAUUUCACACUGCAGCCGUAUCAAGUGCAUAACCCAGCGGUGGCUAUUGGAUCACUAAAUAACUCCAACAAUCAACCUUCGAGCUCCAGUGGACUUCCUUCUCAACCCUUACCUAAUCCCAAGGGUGGCAUUAAUGCCAUCACUCUGAGAUCCGGAACCACAUUACAGGAGAGGUACCAAGAGGAGCCAAGUCCAUCAGAACACACCCCAGCUGAAGAUGCAGUAGAAGUGGAAGAUGCUAAAGAGGAAGAGGACAUAUAG